UGUUUAAUGCGCUGGUAUGAUAUAACAUUUGUGUUUUUUUUAUCACGGCAGUAAAGGCUAGUGCGACUGGAUUACACCACAGAGAGUGUCUUGUUUUUCUAAAUCCGUCUGUUUUUUUAGACCGAAGAGUGCUUAACUUGUUGAACAAAAUGUCUUGUUAGGGUUAAACGUGACCUUGCUUUUAACCGUAAACUUAUAUUACAAGUAAAACCGUCCUAAAAUGAACAUUUUUUUAAGGAAAAGGACAAAAACGUUAAUUGAAUGAACGCUUUAUUUUAAUAGUUUAACACGGAAAACAAUCAGUACUAUUUAGAUUCAGUUAUUAAAGUAAACUACUGCUUCACAGACCAACAGUUUAGGAUAAGGAUUACAUGAAGUCUGUUACAUAAAAAGCUGAAAUACAUGCCUUAUAAUAUAGCAAACAUGUAGUGAAAUUGAUUUCCAUCAUCACGCAUUUAUGAAUAAAUUACAGCCACUGAUUCGAGAUGUAACAAAAACAAGUUAAAUAUAGUAUAUUCAUGCUCAAACUAUAGAAUUAGGAGUUGUGUUAAAAACUACAAAUCCUAGACUGCGUUUUACAGCCCGCUCCUCUCCCAAUGAUUUCGGUAUGGGUCAUGUAGUUGGUGGCGCUUCCCUCAUGUCAGCAGUGUGCACUGCGCAGGGCUUUGUGUUCAACUACAGUACCCACACGCCACUGUAGAGCCGCUGUUAUCCGGGAUAUCUCACCGCUGCUGUUUCUCUCCUUAGUCUAGCGCUCUCUCCUUUUUAGCGGACUGGUACAACAGGGUAGGAUUACUAGAAGGAAUACAAAAACAUAAGCAAAAAUGGCAGAGCUUGGAGCGGGGAGCCUGCUAACAGGAGAUCCUGCUUUUAAUUAUCAAGAGCAUGAGCUAAACGAGCGUUUGAAGCGGCUGUACCCGGCCGUGAAUGAGGAAGAGACCCCCUUACCCCGAUCUUGGAGCCCCAAGGAUAAAUACAGCUACAUCGGACUCUCACAGAAUAAUCUGCGGGUGCAUUACAAAGGCCACGGAAAAAACCACAAGGAUGCAGCGUCUGUACGGGCCACCCAUCCUAUCCCUGCCGCUUGUGGCAUCUACUACUUUGAGGUGAAGAUCGUAAGCAAAGGAAGGGAUGGGUACAUGGGAAUUGGACUGUCUGCUCAGGGGGUCAACAUGAACAGACUGCCUGGUUGGGACAAGCACUCCUAUGGUUACCAUGGUGACGACGGACACUCCUUUUGCUCCUCAGGGACUGGCCAACCAGGAGCAUGUGUAGACCUUCUGAACAGACUCUCAGCUCUCUCUUUUUGUCCCUGUCUCUCAUUUCAGCCUAACCUGUACCCCACAGUAGGGCUACAGACUCCAGGGGAGAUAGUAGAUGCUAAUUUUGGCCAACAGCCUUUUGUGUUUGACAUUGAGGACUACAUGAGCGAAUGGAGGGCCAAGAUCCACAGCAUGAUCGCCCGCUUCCCCAUCGGAGAAAGACUGGGAGACUGGCAGGCGGUUCUGCAGAAUAUGGUGUCCAGCUACCUAGUGCAUCAUGGAUAUUGUGCCACAGCAAUGACCUUUGCCAGAGCCACAGAGACCAUGAUCCAAGAGGACCAAACCUCAAUAAAAAACAGACAGAGAAUACAGAAGCUGGUAUUGGCAGGACGUGUUGGAGAAGCCAUUGAUGCAACACAGCAGUUGUACCCCGGACUCCUAGACCAUGACCCCAAUUUACUCUUCAUGUUGAAGUGUCGGCAGUUUGUGGAGAUGGUGAAUGGAACAGAUAGUGAGGUACGGUGCUUUAGUGCCCGCUCUCCUAAAUCACAGGACAGCUAUCCUGGCUCCCCCAACCUGAGCCCGCGGCACGGAGCCACCAACGCUCACUUGCACAACACAGGAGCAGACAGUCCCACAUGCAGUAACGGGGUCACCCCUACUAACAAAAAUAAGAGCCACAACAAAUACACAGGCGUAAGCUCUGCCUCCUCCUCUCCAUCCUCCUCUCCUUCCUCCGUCAAUUACUCCGAGUCCAACUCUACCGACUCCACCAAGUCCCAGCCUCACAGUGCCACCAGCAACCAGGAGACUAGGUCUGUGUUGUUGUUUGGUGAUAGUGAGAUGGAAAUCGAGGCAGAACAUUACAGCAAUGGCGUGACAGAAAGCUCAACCCGCAUUAUGAAUGGCACAUACAAACACCAGGAAAUCCUGCAGGCGGAUGACAACAGUGUUGGCAAUGGAGUAGCAGGUACAGGACAUGCUCGCACACCACAUAUGCAGGACUUUCAACGUCGUACGCAACAGGCUGUGAGAAUGCCUUUUGUUCAGGAUGCAUUCAGUCUGCUGGCAUACUCAGACCCCUGGAACUGCCCCGUGGGCCAGCAGUUGGACCCCAUGCAAAGAGAGGCGAUCUGCUCCGCUCUCAACAGUGCUAUUCUGGAGUCUCAGAAUCUGCCCAAACAGCCUCCACUCAUGCUGGCUCUGGGUCAGGCCACCGAGUGCGUGCAGCUGAUGGCCAAGGUUCGCUCUGGUUCCUGCUCCUUCGCCAGAGUCGACAACUUUUUGCACUAGCACCAGUCCAGACAAGAGCACCAAGGCAGUGUUCGGGACAGCUAAGCGGAGGUCUUUCCAGUUGGUUGCCAUAAGGAGAACACGCGUUUGAAUUGGUGUGUCGCUUGCCGUUUGCCAGAAGCAGCCGAGCAGAAUGAAUAGAAACAUGAGAAGAGAGGCUUCUUUUUAAUUUAGUAUUAUCAAAUACAAAUUGUGUGACACUAUUUAAAGAUAAUUAAUUAUUCUGUUUAUCUAGUCAUUUUUAUUUUAGUUUAUAUUUUGUCCGUUUGUUGUGCUCAUCUUGAAACAAAUCAACUUCCCAAACUAUUUUUUUUUUCAUGGGUGAAUUCAGUGCAUAGUAUUUCAAGCGUACCAUAUCAACAAUAUACAUAAUGGUAAGUUCCUACUGAAAAUUUGAGCUACGCACUCUGGUUUUUCUCAGUCAGAGCUCAGGUAUUUAGACAUCGUCAGAGCGGGAUGUUUGCGGACACAGGUGUCGCUUCACCAGAUCAUACUGUGGGUUUUUAAGCAGGUCCUUUUCUAUGUACAAGCCAAUUCUGUUUUUUUUUUUUUUUAAUUUGGUCAACCUUAACAGCCCCUUUAGCAAUUAAAUGGACGUUGGUGUUGCGCAUAUGUGAAUUAAGCGUGACUUUACGAUGUUUUUGUGCGAGAGGGUGAGAUAAUGCAUGGCUCCUAGCGUCUUUUAAGCUACUUUAGUAUCUCAGGCACCAGCACGAGUUUCAUUAGACACAAUCACACAGUGAGGACGCAGACUUGCCUUUGGGUCCAAUGUAGAUGACUUAUAUUUUCAACCAUAGACCUUUGCCCAAAAAUAAAUCUAUUUUACCAAUAUUUUACCAUCUUUAUAGCAGUGGGUAUCGUGCAAAUGUCAACCCUCACUUUUUUUAAGUUUUAAGUUAGGUAUAUUGAAGUUAACAAGUGGUUUUCUGAUUUUUGUGGCUGUACCAAAUAAAAACGCAAUGCUUUUGACAAAAGAAAAUUAAGGUCAGUAGUUUGAUUACUGAGAAGCUCCACUGAAACUUGCAGACUAACUUUGUAUACGAAGUCUGUACGUUUUAUACCCAUGUGAAUAGUGUCACCGUGUUGAUAGUUCUGCUGUUAGAUUAACAACUACAAACUGACACCGUUUCGACUUCUGUUGUUUUAUUAGUUGUUAAGUACUGUUGUUCAAGUUUCUUACCAUUGGAUGCACUGUACUUCAAUUAAUGCACAUGAUGCAUUACUGUAUCUGUCUACCUCUCCUGUUCAGUAAUGGAGGGACAGAGUAUGAACUUGCAGCAUGCAAGACAAUUGACUGACCCAGCGUUCCUGCAAAUGAACAGAAACAAACAAAAAAAGAAGUAUUUAUUUAGCACCUAGAACAUCUCCUUAAAUUGCAAUCAUCUUUGUUGCUCCAGAAUUUCACCUCGACCUCGUGUCAGUGCAGUUGUUUUGGUUUUCCCCUCCUUUAGCAAUCUUUUUCUUGGCCUUUGUAAAUGUGAUGUUAACUGGCUCAGGCGCUUAACACUUUUUAUUUCCCAUUAGCAGCCUGUGUUUCUUUGUUCUUUCUUUUAAUCUGGUUGCCCACGGAGGAAGAACUAUAAAUCGAUCCCAUGUCAACCCAGCAUUUUACUUGCCAGCAUGCCGCCGUGGUGUUGAAUGUAGCUUAGCCGAUUUUAUUUCCCACAUUUUUUUGCUGCUGGCCAUCAUGAGAUUGUUACAUUCCUGUAUCGACACCUGCUUUUGUUCAUUUAUACCUCAUUUACUCUUAGGACAGUGCUGUCUAGCUUGUUGUGUCAUGACAGGCGUUUUAACAAGGUAUGUGUAGUGCAGGUUGACCUGGCAGAAGUCAGAGGUCACGGGGUCGCUGGAAGGUUGCAUUUGCUCCUCAAUAGCUAAAAUAAACUUGGCCUUCCCAACUCUGGAGUUACAUAAUGGAUAUAGUUCGCUAACGCAGAGUAACAUCACAGAUUACACUGUUUGGAGCCCCACCAUUUGUUUUUAGCGGUGUUUAUGUGUCAGUCUGAUUGUGUGGGGCGGGGAUUUUACACAUCCUGAUCCCAAACGAUCUUGUUUUACUGUUUUACGCCGCUAAAUGGGUCAAUUUGGUUGUUAAAUGGUGGUAUAUUGUUGCAUGGGGACAUCUUGUGUAACUUUUUACUUAAGUUUGAGUUACAAAAUGGCAGUUUAUAUAGAAGCGCUCCUACUUCUACUGACCUGUACAUUGUUGAUCUUUUGUCAUGGGGCGGCUUUUUAAUGCCAAAUAUGUUUUGGAACUCAUCAUAAUCUAACCACCUAUAAUGAAUAUUGUCAUUUUAAAAUAAUCCAUCAUAGAACUUCUUAUUGGCUUUAAAUAGGGACCUACGUACAUACUGUAUAUGGAAGGGAAGAGAGUAGCAAAAUCUUUGUCGAGAUCAUCGUAGUCAUGUGAUGAUGUUCCUGCCUCAAAAGACAAUGGAGCAGGAUGAAUGGAAUGGAGUACAGCAAGCUGUGCACAAUUUACUUCUAUUAUGAUUUUAAUUUUAUUUGAGUUUUCUUUUAGCAAUUGUGAAAUGGGUUACCCUCUACUUAGCAUGAACCUUUAAAAACCUUUAAAACAACAUAAAAAAGAAAAACGACUUAAAAAGAAAAAAAAAAGAGA